AAGGAGCCAGGCAGAGGAAGUAUUAAGAGGAGUAAUAUAAACACCCCCGGCGGGGGCCAGGCGGGGCAGACGAGCCACUGAGCAGCGCGGGCACCCAGCCGCAGGCUCCGGGAGCAGAUGGGGCUGGCGAUGGAGCGCGGGGGGCCCUACUCGCGGGCGGGGGGCAGCCCAAGAGGCUGCUGGUACUACCUGCGCUACUUUUUCCUCUUCGUCUCGCUCAUCCAGGCCCUCAUCAUCCUGGGCCUCGUCCUCUUCAUGGUCUACGGCAACGCGCACGUGAGCACCGAGUCCAACCUCCAGGCCACCGAGCGCCGGGCCGAGAGCCUGUACAGCCAGGUCGUGGGGCUCACGGCCACCCAGGCCAACCUGUCCAAGGAGCUCAACAUCACCACCAGCGCCAGGGACACCCUGAUGCAGAGGCUGAUGACCGGCCGUCGCGACCUGGACCGAAUCAACGCCAGCUUCCGCCAGUGCCAGGCCGACCUGAUGAUCUACAUGAGCAACCAGCGGUACAUGGCCGCCAUCAUCGUGAGUGAGAAGCAAUGUCAGGAGCAACUCAAGGAAACUAACAAGAGCUGUGAUGCCUUGUUUCUCACGCUGAACCAGAAGAUCAAGACGCUGGAGGUGGAGCUGGCAAAGGAGAAGGUGGUGUGCACCAAGGACAAGGAGGCGCUGACGCUGAGCAAGCGGACGGCGGAGCAGCAGCUGGUCGAGUGCGGCAGGGCCCAGGAGCAGCAGCAGCAGGAGCGGCAGCUGGCCGAGGAUCGGCUGCAGAAGGUGCAGGCCCUCUGCCUCCCACUGGACAAGGACAAGCUUGAAACGGAACUGCGCAACCUCUGGAGAGACUCCAUCAUCCCGCGCACCCUUGACAACCUGGGCUACAGCCUGUACCAUCCCAUCAGCUCGGAGGUGGCCUCCAUCCGGCGGAGCUGCGACCACAUGCCCACCCUCAUGAGCGCCAAGGUGGAGGAGCUGGCCCGGAGCCUGCGGGCCGGCAUCGACCGCGUGGCCCGCGAGAACUCGGACCUCCAGCGCCAGAAGCUGGAGGCUGAGCGGGGCCUGCGGGCCAGCCAGGAGGCCAAGGAGAAGGCGGAGAGGGAGGCUCAGGCCCGGGAGGCCAAGCUCCAGGCCGAGUGCGCCCGGCAGACCCAGCUCGUGCUGGAGGAGAAGGCGGUGCUGCGGAAGGAGCGGGACAGCCUGGCCAAGCUCCUGGAGGAGAAGAAGUGGGAGGUGGAGCAGCUCAAGAUGCAGCUGGCCGGCAGCAACUCGGCCCUGGACACCUGCAUCAAGGCCAAGUCGCAGCCAAUACCCGUGCCGAGACCUGUGGGCCCUGCCCCCAACCCCCAGCCCAUCGACCCAGCUGGCCUGGAGGAAUUCAAGAGGAGGAUCCUGGAGUCCCAGCGGCCCUCUAUAGGCAGCGCUGCAGCCAGUGGCUGAGGAGGCCCCAGGCCUCGAGGACCGCGGGG